AAAGGUCAGCCGGGCUCGCUCGUCCUCAAGUGUGCCACGGUCCCCUAGGAAUUGUCCCAAUUUCUCAGACACGCUGGGGCUCAGCGAUAUCAGGAAUUCUAGCCCAGCUCCUUCCCAGCGGUCGAAGCCGGCGGCUCGGCCCAACUGGCCGCAGGAAGUGCCCGGCGCUGACUUAGCCCGCGACGCCCCCGCGGCUUGUAAACACCGGGCAGACGCGCGGCGCGGCAAAGGCACAGCACGCGCCUCGAAGCCAGGACUCCUCUCUACUCGGUGAGGACAGUGGCUGGCGGCGCGAUGGACCUGGCCGGGCUCCUGCUGGACGAAGAAGGCACCUUCUCCCUUACCGGCUUCCAGGACUUCACGUUCCUCCCAGGACACCAGAAGCUGAGUGCCCGGAUCCGAAGAAGACUCUACUAUGGCUGGGACUGGGAAACCGACUGUACCCUGGAGGAGCUCUCCAGCCCCGUGGCAGAUAUUGCUGUGGAACUCCUGCAGAAGGCAGCCCCCAGUCCUAUUCGCCGGCUCCAGAAGAAAUAUGUAGCCCACGUGUCCCGAGAGGCUUGCAUCUCUCCGUGUGCUAUGAUGCUGGCUCUGGUAUACAUUGAGCGGCUCCGGCAUAGAAACCCGGACUACCUACAGCAUGUGUCAUCCUCUGACUUGUUCCUGAUCUCCAUGAUGGUGGCCAGUAAGUACCUCUAUGAUGAAGGGGAGGAGGAAGAGGUCUUCAAUGAUGAAUGGGGAGCUGCUGGGGGUGUGGCCGUGCCCACUCUCAAUGCCCUGGAGAGGGGCUUCCUGAGUGCCAUGGAUUGGCGGCUCUACACUGAUCCUCGGGAAAUCUUUGAGGUGCUGAGCUGGCUGGAGGGCUGCGUGGCUGAGCAGCAGGGGCGCCGGCGGGGCUGGUACACCUACACAGACCUGUGUGUGCUGCUGGAACAACCUGCCUGGCAACUGGCGCUGGGUUCCCUCUGCCAGCAGCUGGCAAAGCUGUCCUGCCUGUUGGCUAUGGCAUAUGUGAGCAGCGUGGCCCUCGCUGUGGCAUCGAUGGCCGUAAUACACCAGUCAUUAGGGCUGUCCUGCAGCCCCCCGCCUGGCCCUCCAGACCUUGGACUGGCCUCCAGGUGCCUUUUGGAACCCUGCAUACCUUCUCCCAUGCCACAGUGCCUGCCGUCUCCUGCUAACAUCUCCGGCUGCCAGGAAGGCGAUGUAGUGUUGCGUUCACUGUGGGGCAGUCUGCUAGCCUCACUGACUCCCCCACCGUUGCCUCCUCCAGAUCCUCCUGCUCCUCCCACUCUUCUUCACAACUGCCCCCUUUGCCAGAAGCUCCAGAAGGACUCCCCAACCUGCCGUGCCUGCCACCACCUCAACCAUACUGUCCCCACGGGGCCCCCCAGUCCUUGGUCCCACUCCCACGGCCUGGCUCCCCCCUGGCCUUGGAGCCCAAUGCCUCCUCUGCUCCCACAGCCCCAGCAAUGUUCCGUUUUCAGCAUCAUGGAACUGGCCCGCCUGAAGUCUUUCAUUUUCCCAGGCUAG